AUGUCUACGGGUCAUCGCACACCGACGAAAGAUCCACCGGAUCAUCCAUCUUCUUCCUCCAACCACCACAAGCAACCGCUUCCUCCUCAACCGCAACCGCAGCAACCGCUCAGCCGCUAUGAGUCGCAGAAACGCCGCGACUGGAACACGUUCAUCCAAUACCUGAAAUCGCAAAAUCCACCGUUGAUGAUGUCUCAAUUCGAUUACACGCACGUGCUAAGUUUCCUCAGGUACUUAGAUCAGUUUGGUAAAACCAAAGUACAUCACCAAGCUUGUGUCUUCUUCGGACAACCCGAUCCGCCAGGACCGUGCACGUGUCCUCUCAAACAAGCUUGGGGAAGUUUAGAUGCUUUGAUCGGACGGCUGAGAGCUGCUUAUGAAGAACACGGUGGCGGGUCACCGGAUACUAACCCGUUUGCAAACGGGUCGAUCCGGGUUCACUUGAGGGAAGUGAGAGAAUCUCAAGCCAAGGCUCGUGGGAUUCCCUACAGGAAGAAGAAGAGGAGGAAGCUUAAAAACGACGGCGUUGCUGUCAAGAAGGAUGUUGCAAACUCUUCGACUCAUAAUCAGUCGUCCACUUGA